AUGCUGCGUCCCAAAUGUCGCGUUCCCGCGGCUCUCUGCCAGCGCGCCGUCCGCGCCCCGCGCGCCCCGAGCGUCGUCAGCGCGCCCGCGCGGCGCGCCUGCUGCAUGGCCGCCGCCCGAGAGAAGGACAGCUUCAACUACGGCAUGCUGCAGCCGUGGCAGGUGCGCCAGCUCAAGAAGGCCUUUUUCGCCGGAAAGCGCAACGUGAGCAUCAAGCGUCUGUCGGGGGACCUCGGGCUGCACCGCGACGACGUGAUUAGUUGGCUGAAGGACUACGGGGAGUUGCCCGAGGCCGUGCACGCCUCGGACAAGCACGCGCUGGAGGCCGAGGAGCAGGCCGUCAAGGAGCGCAAGGCGAUCCUCGCGGAGACGAGGCGCCAGAAGCAGGUGGAGCACGAGAAGGACGCUGGCAAGAAGACGUUCUUCGAGCUGCGGGACGAGGGGUUGAUCGGGCGCAAGCGCAUCAAUCCGACGAUCGAGCGGACGCUGGAGACGGUGUACGAGAAGACGUCGCGUCCGUCGGACGAGAUUCUGCGCAGCCUGUGGGACCUGCACAAGGUGCCCCGCCAGGACGUGAUCGCGUGGUUCGAGGCGCGGCGCGAGGCGGACGGGCGCAGACGGCGACGACGGGCGCGCCCCGCCCCGGACAGCACGCAGUGGGGCGACCAGGACCGCAGGGGGCGCCGGUGA